CCAACCGAAUUCAUCGCGCUCCAACGUUCUUCAUCGAGGCCGCCAUGGCGUCUACCAUGCGUGCUGCAGUACACCAGGCCGGCCUGCGCGCCGCACUCCGCCCCCAGGUCGGGCUUUCGACCAGCGCGGUCCACUCAUUCCAGGCUGCGCGCCAGAUCCAUUCUUCUUCCUCCACUUCUGCGCAGCAGCAGCAGACGAUCCCGGCUGCGACCGUAGAGAAGGGCCAGUCGUUCCGAGCGGUUGUGAACGCUCAGUCGAACCAGCAUAGUUUGGAGACCCCGCAGAAUAAGGCUGAGUACGUUCUCGCCACCUUCGACAAGAUUGCGAAUUGGGCGCGCCAGAGUUCGAUGUGGCCGGUCACCUUCGGUCUUGCUUGCUGUGCGGUAGAGAUGAUGCACAUGGCCGCCGCUCGCUAUGACCAAGACAGACUGGGUAUCAUCUUCCGUGCCAGUCCCCGUCAAUCGGAGAUCAUGAUUGUUGCGGGUACUCUUACGAACAAGAUGGCACCGGCGCUUCGCAAGGUGUACGACCAGAUGCCGGAGCCCCGUUGGGUGGUGUCCAUGGGUUCGUGCGCUAACGGAGGCGGCUACUAUCAUUACUCGUACUCUGUGGUCAGGGGAUGCGACCGCAUUGUACCUGUCGACAUUUACGUUCCUGGGUGCCCGCCUACGGCGGAGGCCUUGCUCUACGGUAUGCUGCAGUUGCAGCGCAAGAUGAGGCGGUCGCGGAAGGCCGUGCUAUGGUACCGCAAGUAAUCUAUCUCCUGCUGUGUCGUAGACAGUCUUUCUGUAGUAUACAGCCUUUACAUGAGUCGUUGCGAAACAGUGUGCAUCCAA